AUGGAGAAAACCAAUGACAGAAUCAGCCAACUACCCGAUGAUGUCCUUCAUUACAUUCUUUCCAAGAUGCCAAUGAAAUUCAUCAUAAGAACAAGCAUUCUUUCAAGGAGAUGGAGAAACUUGUGGAAACCCAUCUGGGCUUAUUCUACUUAUCUAAACUUUAGCGUAACUCCAGAAGAAUUCGUGGCUGCUGUCAACCGAUAUUUACUACUCCACGAAGCCAAGGAAAUACACACGCUUGGGCUGUUGCUCCUUUCACGUGAUCCGUUAGAUGCUGAGAAAUGGGUCGAAUUUGCAGUAGCAAAAAGAGUUAAAGAGCUUCAUGUCAUCUUCUGUCAAACUACAGUUGAUGAAACAUUCGACCGCCGGAUUUGGAAAUUGCAUAACUCGAUCUUUAAUUGUGAUUCUUUAACCUAUUUACAUUUGUGUGUCUGCAAAUUUAUCCCACCUUUGAAUUUCAGAGGUUGCACCUAUCUCAAAACGCUCGACCUAUCCUUUGUUAGAAUCACAGAUGCCCUGUUUGAAAACAUGCUUUUAAAUUUCCAACUUCUCAAGGAAUUCAGUUUAUGGGAAUGUGUUGAUCUAACUCAUCUCAAGAUUUCUGCUCCAAAUCUGCCACUUACGAGGUUGACAGUGGUUGACUGUUGGAAUGUUAAUGACAUUGAGAUUUUUGCUCCGAACCUCCAGUCAUUCCAUUUCUACGGGGAUUUAUUUCUUAUAAAUUUCAAGAACAUUUCAAGUUUGUUGGAUGUCCUUAUUAACGGUAUAUGCAGAAUGGAUUGGCUUAAUGGUGAUUGGAUGACUGUUCUGCACCAUCUUGAACGUGUAAAAAUUCUGACAUUGUGUAAUGUCUCACUUAAGAAUUUAAGUUUAGCAGAGGAAGAUACACCUGAAGAUUUGCCUAUUACAUUCCUUAAUUUGCAAGAAUUGCAGCUGUUGAUGGAUUGGUUUGGUGGUAGCUAUCUGGCCCGUACCUAUAGCUUCUUCAAAAACUGUUUAUGUCCUUGUCUAGAGAAGCUUUUUAUUGAACUUCUGUAUGCCAUCGAGGAUCCCUCUCAAAGAAACUUCUGGUGCGACAGACAGCCAGCAGAUGACACUGCCGACAUUGUGUUUUGUCAUCUAAAGGUGAUUAAAAUUAAUGGUUUUCGAGGGCUUAAGGAUGAAAUUCAGCUAGUGAAAUUUUUCCUAGAGAAGGCUAUUGUACUUGAGUCUUUGGUUUUGGUAGCUCCUCAGAAAGCAGUCAGUGACAUGAUGAAGGAUUCUGCAUCAGAGUCUAAAUCCAUCAAAGCACAAUUUGUUAUUCUUCACGAUUUGCUAUUGAAUUUUGCAAAGGCAUCAUCAUCAGAUGCUCAAAUAUUGAUGUAUGAAUAUUCUGAUUACGAUGGAGCUUUAGCCCCAACUCAUGCUGAAUAUUACCAUAAGGAUAUGUUUGUCUAG